UCAACCGCCAAUCCUGAGCGAUGCCGAUCAGAUCAAUGCCGUGAAUCCUGAUGAUGCAAUUUAUGGAAAUAAUAUGAUGAUUGCGCAACAGCAGCAACAACAGCAAUACUUGGAUUAUUUCUAUUUCGGUAACAACGGGAGCGGAGCAGGAGAGAAUAAUAUUGAGAACGAGGAUCAUAUUAAUAUAAAUAUUCAUAACAAUAAUGACAAUGCGGCGAUAAGUAGUAAUAGUGUGAAUAAUAACAAUAUCGGGAUGAAUGCUGGUAAUGCUGCUACUAAUGAGAUGGACAUGAAAGUGACACAGUCGAUGUUCAGUCUGAAUGCGCAACAGCAGGAGGACGAUGUAAAACCGCUAAUCGAUCUGUUUGAUGUGACGAACGCGUUGGCGAUCGGAGAUGAGGAGGAAGUGGGAGAGAUCACGUCGAAGGCGGCGGAUCUUGAUCUUGGAUCUUACCAUUGCAGCCCUGAGAUUCAGGCAAAAAGGGAAGAAACAAAUCCCAUGGAGCACGUUCAAGAACACGAUUUAAAGGGUGCUGCCUCAUUAUUUACACUCACAAGCCGAAACAGCUCUUAUGUAUAAUCAUUUCCUUCCUUUUUCUCCUUUAAUUUCUUCAUUUUGUAAUUAAAGUUUUUUUUUUGCAAUUUAUCAGUAGGAAAAUUGCAUGUCCUGAGUUAACGAGAUUCAGUUGUUCUGAUGAUUCUAAUAAAUGAUUGCGGAAGGGGACUACUUGUCUCUUAUUAAGUAAUAAUUAAUCAAGUUUGUUAUUCA